AUGCGUCGCCGCGUCGCCGACGUCCUGACGCGCACGGUCGCGGCGUCAUGCUCGCCGCUCCCAUCGUCGCGAACGUCCAUCAGAGAGCUCGCGCACGGCGCGCGUCGCGUGACGACGCGUGAGAAUCUGAAGAAUUUCCAACGAAACCGUGAAAUCGUCACCCGAGCGCUCCGCGCACCGCGAUUCACGCACUUCAGGACGUUCGCGAACGCGAGCGGAAAGGGUGGAACCCAGGGCAAGUUCACGUCGAUGCGCCCGCGGGCGAAGAAGGAUGCGGGCGGAUCGAACGGGAAGAAAGGGAGCGAGGGUCAAGGAGAAAAUAGCGGAACCGAGGCGCCGAAAACCUUGGGGGAGCUCAUGCGCGGACCAGGGGGGCAGCAGAUCGCGAGUUUAAUGCUCCUAGCGCUUGGGAUGAGUUUACUGAGCUCGAUGCGGCAGGACGCGCGGGAGAUUUCGUUUCAGGAGUUUAAGACAAAACUCUUGGAGCCCGGUUUGGUGGAGCGGAUCGAGGUGUCGAAUAAGAGCCAAGCCAAGGUGUAUAUCAAGGCACCGGGGGCGAUGAUCAAGAGUCGACACGGUGCCGGGGAGUCGUACGACUCGAGCGAAAUCGGGGCCCCACCCGGGGCGAAGACGCAAGGUGGGUACAAGUUUUAUUUCAACAUUGGAAGCCUGGACUCUUUCGAACGCAAACUGGAGGAGGCACAAGAGUUGAUUGGGCUCGAAUCGAAGGAUUUCGUUUCGGUGACUUACGUGAACGAAAUAUUCUGGCAGACGGAGCUCAUGCGAUUGCUUCCGACUCUUCUCUUGAUCGGGGGAUGGUUGUAUUUCACCCGACGAAGUGCCGGGAUGGGGGGCAUGGGCAUGGGCGGAGGCGGCGGGCCGGGAGGUAUUUUCAACGUCGGCAAGGCCACGGUGAGCACGCUGGAUAAGAACGCGAAGAACAAGAUCAUGUUCAAAGACGUUGCCGGGUGCAACGAGGCCAAGCGAGAGAUCAUGGAGUUCGUGGACUUUUUGAAGAAUCCAAAAAAAUACGAAGCCCUGGGGGCAAAGAUUCCGCAUGGCGCCCUCCUCGUCGGGCCGCCCGGGACGGGUAAGACACUUCUCGCGAAGGCCACGGCUGGGGAAGCGGGCGUGCCUUUCUUGUCAAUCUCCGGCUCUGAUUUCAUGGAGAUGUUCGUCGGCGUUGGUCCCUCUCGCGUGCGAGACUUGUUUGCGCAGGCACGCGCACAGAAACCGUCCAUCAUCUUCAUCGACGAAAUCGAUGCAAUCGGUCGCCAGCGUGGACGGGGUGGUUUUGCCGGGGGUAACGACGAGCGUGAGAACACGUUGAAUCAGCUUCUCGUUGAGAUGGAUGGGUUCGGCACCAAGGAAGGCGUCAUCGUAUUGGCGGGCACAAACCGACCGGAUAUUCUGGACAAGGCGCUCCUGCGUCCGGGACGCUUCGAUCGUCAAAUCUCCGUCGACCGACCCGAUAUCACGGGGCGCGAGCAAAUUUUCCGCGUGCAUCUCGCGUCGAUUGCCCUCGACGGACCUGUGGAUCACUACAGCGAGCGUCUCGCCGCGUUGACACCUGGUUUUGCUGGAGCGGACAUCGCCAACAUGUGUAACGAGGCCGCACUCGCGGCUGCACGUGAAAACGUCAACUCGGUGUCACUUAAGCACUUCGAGUACGCCGCUGAUCGCGUCAUCGCCGGUUUGGAAAAGAAAUCAAAAGUGGUGAACAAGACAGAGCGCCGAACUGUGGCGUACCACGAAGCCGGUCACGCCGUUGUUGGAUGGUUUUUGGAGCAUGCCGAGCCGUUGCUCAAGGUCUCCAUCGUCCCUCGUGGCUCCGCCGCGCUUGGCUUUGCGCAGUACCUGCCGAACGAAAACCUCCUCGCCACCACGCAGCAGCUUGUGGACAUGAUGUGCAUGACGCUUGGCGGCCGCGCCGCGGAGCAAGUUAUGCUCGGCAAAAUCUCCACGGGGGCACAAAAUGAUCUCGAAAAGGUGACACAAAUGGCGUACAACACUGUCGCAGUGUAUGGCAUGAAUGAAAAGAUCGGCCUCUUGUCGUUCCCGAAGGAUGAACAAAGCCUCAAGUCGCCCUACUCGGAGGACACGGCUCGAAUGAUCGACGAAGAGGUUCGCCUGCUCGUAGACAAGGCGUACCAACGCACCGUGGCGCUAGUCGAGGAGAAAAAGCACUUAGUGGAAGCGAUGGCGCGCGGGUUGCUCGACAAAGAGGUGUUGCAGCGACACGAUCUCGUCCAACUUCUCGGCGAGCGCCCGUUCGUAUCGGAGAACCCGCAAAACAUCGACAUCCUCAACGAAGGCUUCAAAUUCCACUACCCCAAGGAUGCCGAGGAACCGGACGCCGAGGAACCGGAUGCUGAGGAACCGGAGGAUUCCGCGGGCGAACCCAGUCCCGCGUUCCCGCUCGCGACAUGA